CAUUAAAAUAAAGUGUUACCGGAAAUUGUAAUGAUAGGAACUGUACAUGUAACAACAUUUAGUAGCUCUUUUUUUGUGCAAACCUCAUAACUCUGUGGUAUUCCGCUGGGAUACCUAGCCUCUCUCCCAAACAAUAACUAAUAAAGGGAGAAGUAGGUAGUUAGUUGUUUCUUUGUCCUCAGCGCAAACAUGGUUGACUCCAGGUAGUCUGCCCAUGUAUCCAGCCUAUUUUUCACAAGUUUGCUGAGGCAUCUGCAGAAGAAUAAAACACAUGAUUUAUCUUUAUCAUGCUGCUCAGUCAUUAUUAUGUAAAUAAAUAUUUCAUUUGGUAUGGUUUACCUCUGGAUGGUGUCAUUUAGCUUUUCCACCAAACAAUUGGUUUGGGGAUGGUACACAAAGGCUUUGUUUUUCAUGCCCAAGCAUUUGCAUAAGCCAUCAUUAAUCUAAAUAUGUAAAGUCAACAGAAUUAAUUAGAAGUGGUAAGAAUAGUUAUGUAUCAAUGACAUUUCAUAUAGGCACUAACCUGUUUCACAAACUCUCUUCCAUUGUCUGUCAGGAUUCUUUUUGGUGCUCCAAAUCGAUAAAAAAGUUUGGCUAUGCACAUUGUUACCUCCUCUGCACUUUUAGAGGGAACGUUUCUGACCAUUUAGUAAAAUAGUCGACCAUAAUAGUCCCCUUCUUUAGCUUUCUUCACCUAGUCCAUUCCCACAACUUCCCAAGGUUCAGACACCUGAUAAAUAAUUUUAAAAUAAAAUGAAAAUAAUAUUCAGUUCACAUACACAACACAUUCUUUCAUCUCUGAAAGUACUUACCACAAUGGGCUCAUAUUGUGAUUUAUUUUUAAUGCCAGAUUUCUUGCUCUGGCAUCCAGCACACUGUUUUAUCUGCAAAUAAUGGGAUUGUUGAUUCAUUGUGAAAAAGUAGUGAAAAGUCUUAUUUUACUGACAGAAUGACCGUUUCAGGUACUCACCCAGGUUUUCACCUCUACGGACAUACCAGGCCAGUCAUACUUUAGUGCAUAUAGAGUUUUUUUCCACUCCACAGUGCCCACCGGUCACAGAGUUGUGAAAUUCCACCUCCUCCUUUCCCUGGACCACUUUAACCAAUUCCCUAUCUGUAACGAUCCUGUUUUCCCUGCCUAGAUUAGAUUCAACUUUAUUGUCAUUGUGCAAUCACGUGACUGCAAAGUAUGAAUAGAGUCUAGUGUUUUGUAUUCCAUUGUGUCUCCCUUGUUUACCCCCUGUGCCAUGUGCUCCUGUGUUUACUUCCUGUGUUCUGUGUCAUGUGCUUUCUGUUCCUGAUUUUCCCACGUGUCCGCCCAUCACCUGUCUCUGAUUAUUGUUUCAGUGUCUCCACCUGUGUCUCGAUAAUUACACAAGAUUCUAAGGCUGCUGGAAUCAGGAAGACCAGAAGGGUGUUUACAGCUGCCCCCAGUGCAGGGAGACCUUCACUCCAAGCCCUGUUCUACGCAGAAACACAAUGCUGACUGAAGUUAUAGAGAAACUGAAGAAGACUGAACUGCAGUCUGAUGCUAAGACUCCUUCCUACGCCGGACCAGGCGAUGUGGAGUGUGACUUCUGCACUGGGAGGAAACAUAAAGCCAUCAAGUCGUGUCUUUCAUGCCUGGGAUCUUACUGUGAUGUUCACAUUCAGCCUCACUAUGAAGUUACCUGUCUGAAAAAGCACAAACUGGUUAAUGCCAUCUCACAGCUACAGGAGAAAAUCUGCUCACAACAUGACAGGAUGAUUGAGGUGUUUUGUCGCACAGAUCACCAGUUAAUCUGUAUGAUGUGUUCAAUGAACGACCACAACGGACAUGAGACUGUCUCAGCUGCUGCCGAACGGACUGAGAAUCAGAACAAGUUGUCAGAGAUGAAGGUGGAGAACCAGACACAGAUCCAGCAGAGAGAGAAGGAGCUGCAAGAGGUCAACCAGGCCCUGCAAGCUCUAAAGGCCUCUGCACAGGAAGCUGUUGGGGACACUGAGAGAGUCUUCACUGACCUGAUCAACUUCAUGAAGCAGAAGUGCUCUGAGGUGACCGAGUCGAUCAGAGCCCAGGAGAGGGCAGAGGUGAGUCGAGCUGAAGGACUCCUGGAGCAGCUGGAGUUGGAGAUCACUAAACUGAAGAGCAGAGAUGCUGAGAUGGAGAAACUUCUACUGAAAGAGGAUCAUAUUGAUUUCCUCCAGAGCUUUGAUGCCUGCAGCACUUCAUCUCUGUCAUGGAUGCAUUCCAGUAUAACUUUCACUCCACAUUUCUCCUCAACUGAUAUUAAGAGGUCGGCCCUUAAAGAAAUAGAACAAAUGGUGUUGAGGUUAAAUUCAGACCAUGAAGCUACAAGCCAUGACUCCCAUCAUUCUAGUGAAAGCACACGUCCCCAGCAAAAAUGUGUCGUCCCAGAGAGAGGUUUCUUGGUUGGGGACAAAGUCCGAGUGAAGGCUUCUGUUGGAACUCCAGCGUACGGCUGGAGAAACGUCACUCACAGUAGUGUGGGUGUGAUAAAAACGAUCCAUGUUUGGUGGAAUGGCAUGUAUAUUGAGUUUCCUGAGAACCAAUCCUGGUGGGCAAAACACUCAGAGAUUGAGCUGGUCCUCUGAUGGAUCACGUGGCCUGCUCUGGGCUUUAUGAAGGUCGUGAAGUGCAAGGGCAAAGUGCUGCAUGCUGAUUAAGCGACAUAAUGGAGGUUCAUUACUGUUUUUGACACACCCAUCGUUUACAUUAGCCGCCCAGGCUCUCCAAUCAGCAGCUUUGUCCUGAGAAAGGAAACCAAAAUGUGGGAACAGUUUUGUUUUUUAUAAGCUGGUUUGUUGGCUUGUAGCUAGUGAGCUGUACAGUUUUUGACCAUUUUUCAAGAAGCUUUAUGAAGCAGUUUUCCGACAUCACAUGCCGUUCCCAGUCCACAUCAGCUCAGUGGUGUCUCCAUCCUAAUAUCCUGUCGGUUCACCUGGUGAUGUAGGUCCCCACCUGAAGCACACGGAAAGACUCAUGAGCUCACCUUUGUAUCUGUUACUGUUGAUAAUUUAUUUAGGCAUUGUGAUUUUUUAAAUAUAAUAUUUAAUUUUAUGGUAUAUGGGACCUAUGAGAGGGACUGUGCAACAUAACUGAGAAAUGUGAAAUACAUUAUUUAUUGGUGUAAGAGGACAACAUAACUGGGAAAUGUGCAAUAUAAUAUGUAUUGGCCUUUGUGUUAAACUGUGCCCCUGCCAUAAUUGUAAUUCAGUAAACUGUGAAUAAAAAAACCUGAACUUGCAUCCAA